CGUGGCUGUUGCGUAAGAACCUCCCUCAAGUUAGAUACUUAAAAAGAGGCUCUGCAAGUUUUGCUACCCAGUGGGUCGGUCACAUUAACAAGCAACAACUGCAGAUCACCUUGCAACAACUUCUACCCAGGAUGAAAAGGAAGAUAAUCCUUGAUGUGGACACCGGGGUGGAUGAUGCUCAGGCCAUCAUGAUGGCCUUGUCAGACCCCGAUGUGGAGAUACUGGGAAUCACCUGUUGCCAUGGGAACACCCCCCUUGAGAAUGUCCUGAAGAACACUCUCCGGGUUCUGAAGGUGUGCAACAGGCUGGAUAUCCCAGUGUACGCGGGCUGCGCACAGCCCCUCCUGUCCAACAAACAACACGCCAGCGAUUACCAUGGGAAGGAUGGGCUGGGUGAUGUGCCAGAUCCAGAUGCUCCAGGGUUGGAACUUUUGCAGAAAGAAAAAGGUGUCCAGGCCUUGCUCAAAAUGGUCAAGCAAAACCAAGGAGAGGUGACCCUGGUGGCAACCGCACCUUUGACCAACCUUGCAGUCGCAGUGCAACUGAACCCUUCCCUUCCCAAGAAGCUGAAGGCUUUGUACAUCAUGGGAGGCAACAUUGAGUCCAGGGGUAACACCACAACAUGCGGUGAGUUUAACUUUGUCGCCGACACGGAGGCUGCCUACAUCGUGCUGGAACGCUACACCUGCCCCACCACCAUCGCCUCCUGGGAGUUCACCUGCAGUAACAGCCUGCCAUGGUCUUUUUGUGACCAGUGGCUUUCUGUGAAGACUGAGAAAGCCGCCUUCAUGAAGAAGAUUUCAUCCCUUUCCAUGACGAAAGCUCGGUCAGAGGAAUACCAGAAGGAAAUCACAACAGGACAAGGGUUCAAUGCUUGUGACACCUAUGCCCUGGCCGCUGCUAUCAAUGACUCACUCAUCACAGAGAGCGAGCAGGUCGCUGUGACUGUAGAGCUAGAUGGGACCUGUACCCGAGGCAUGAUGGUGUUGGAUUACAUGGACCUGUUGAAGAAGAAACACAAGGUAACCAUUAUGAAGAAAGUUGACUUGGAGAAGUUCAAGCAGAUGCUCAUCAAUGCACUAAAAUAGGAUGAUUUGUAACAGCCGAGAUUGGAACUUAAUCAGUCAAAUAAAUUUUUAAUUCAAAACAGA